AUGUGGGACCUGGUAGAGAUCGUGGGGUCGAGAUACAAGAUUGGGGAUUCUAGGAUUUAUAGAGUCGUGAGUGGAAAGGUGGAUAGAACAUUUUCCAUAGCCGAAGUUUUUCUUCGGAAGUCGCUGGGAGUGAUUGAGAGGGUGAUUAUUGGUUCAGUAACUGGGUGGAAUCCGGGUGGCUUGCAGAUCAGAAGAGCGAAGACAAUUACAGUUGGAUUGGAUAAUCUCAGGCUGGUUAUGGACAUGGAUUUGGUUUCUGAUGGUGGCAUCGAGAUAAUCAGGGAGAGAAGUGUUAUAGUUGAACGGUUAUUUGAUGAAGUUUUAACAUGGCUUGGAAGGUUUCAAUGGUUGGGUUCACCUAACUUGGGAAGUCCAUUGAUUGCACAUGAUGAUAGUAGUACUUCCAGGAUGACACCUCCUCCGAUCUGCCUUGCUCCCUAUUGUCUUGUGAUAAACCUCCACCGCAACGCUCUCACCACCGCCUAUCGCCUUCCUCCGGUCAUAGAGUUGUGCCACCAGAAAACCACCAGGGACCACCAGAACAUCACCACUGCCACCACCUAUUUACCCUCCUACCAUCGCCGAUCAACCCACCAACCACAACCCUUUCCCUCCUCCUUCCAUCUGGUCAAACCCGUCGAAACAGGAAGACGAAAAGAGCGGAGCUGCCAUCUCCACCCACCACCACCGUCUUCACCUUCUUGUUUCGCCACUGUUGAUGAAAGUCCGACUACCACUUUAUACCCCCUCCUCUCGACUGAAAAUCACCACCAAACACCACUCCCAUUUGAUUUCUCCACUGAUUUCGACCAGAACCCAACCAAAAACGAGGCCGAAGGCUGCCGAAGCAACCUCCGACCACUAUACCGCCGGCCUUGGUCGCAGAUCUGGGACAUCAAUAUUGCCAGUAAUAUCUCCGACAACGAUUAUAACAAUGACGCUAAGGCUCAGAUCUGGAAAGACGAGUCGAAAAAGCGGCGAUUGUUUCAGAGGGAGGCUUCAGAUAUGAACAACCACUGGAGCUGUCCAUCUCUGGUUGGUGGUGGCAGAGACGAUAGGGGGAUGAAGGCGGUGGUGGCUCGACUGACGAUAGUGGUGUCGGAGAUGCUCUUCUACAGAGGAAGAGAAAUUGAGUGUUUUGUGUUAAACGAGAAAGAGGAGGAGGCAGAGUAG